AUGUCCUCCGCCGCCGUGGCAGACGCAGACGCGUCGCGGUCAAGGUCGGGUUUCCUGACCCCCUCGUCCGACGGCUCUCUCAACCGCAGCGGGCAUGGGGGAUCUGGCUCCCCCGAGACGCGCGAGAGGAAAGGUGCCGACUCUCUGGCCAUGGACCAUCUCCUCAAGCCCAUGGUUACAUUAAAGCCGCACCCACCCAAACUCCAUGUCCAACCUCGACUUCUCCAGCCGCUGAUGAUUCUCCCGCGCGAACACCUCUCCCUCUCAUGCCUCGACCUCAACGAUCCCCGGGGUGACCUGCCUCUCGGCCGCCUCUUCGAAUCCCACAUCAAGAUCCUCGACCUCGAGAACCGCAUGGGCUCCUCGCCCAGCGUCAUGAUUGCCCGCAACGACUUGAGGGGCACGCUGUACGCCAUCGAGAGGCUGGACGCAACCCUCUACACCGCGUGCAAGCUCGGAUCGUGGAACUCGCCCGAGGACCUGGCCGCCCGCGCCACCGUCAUCUGCCACGAGCGCCUCACCCGCCAUCCUCCUUCAGCAGGCCCACCGAAACCUGCUGCCCUGGAGCAAGCUACGUUGACGACGCCCCGGACGCACAAGGAGGAAAGGAAGAAGCGCUUUGCCAUCGACGCUAUCCAGUCCCUCGUUCGAAAGAGGCCUCGUUCGCGGUCGGCGUCGGCAGCGGGUGAGAUAGCUACCGGACAAGAGGCUGCCCAGACCAAACCCACAGACUCCGCGUCCCAGCUGCCUGCUGCCGAUGUUGUCGAUACGCGAGCAACGGCACCUGGUGGACUAUCCCUCGAAACGCCCGGCAUUGUCGCCCCCGAGGCCGAUGUCGACCCCCAGCAGGCUGCGACCAACAUCUUUGACAACAUCCGCUCCCACUACUUUGAAGCAUUGUACAAGUCUAAAGUCGACAGGAAGCACCGAGAGACGAUACCCAAGGUCAUCUCCGGGAUGAAGGAAAUGGUCGACAGUUCCGACGAGGCCCGCAAGAAGCGCCGCCGGUCCAAGAAGAUGAAGCUCGGCAAGGAUGGCCUGUACCCUCAAGAGGACGACCGCAUCCGCCAGUGGUGGGCUGCCAACAAGCUCGAGCUCAGGCACGACGACGAGACGGACAUAUCGCUCGAGCAGGUCAAGGCGCACGCGUCGCUCCUGCGCACCCGCGAGACCCAGCUGCAGAUGAUUGUCAUCAUGGAGAUACUGGCCCUCGAGCCCCUGAAGCCCCAGGACCUGCCUGCCGACGACAGACUGCCUGCCCUCCCCGGCGGCGGCUCAGAGGCAGCCCCGGAGAAGGGGGUGGUGGUAUCACCCCCGCCACCGGCGUCCAAGAAGCGCAAUAAGCACAACUUGCCGGUCCUGCUCGACGUCCACGCCGACCGACUCACCAUCUGGCAGUCCAUGGCGUCUGACGAGCAGAUCCUCCUCCAGGACUCCCAGACCCCCACACAAUCGAGCGACCACCAGCUUCAGCAAAAGGCGUCGUCGGAACCUCUACGCGACUUUUGCGUCGACGUCAUUGUUCCAUUCUACUCUUCGCGUCUCCCACAGCUGUGCGACUCGCUCAGCCGGAAACUCGGCGGACCGGUCAUCGUCUCGCCCCCGAAGCUCAAGUCCAAGUCGCAGAAGCGCCCCUCUGAGCGGCGGGACCAGAGGCCCGGCGCCGCUGCCAGGCGAACAGCCCUGCACAAGCGGCCCGAGUCGCUGCAGCACGCACUCUCCUUUGAGCGGGAGCAUCGUCGGAGCGUAUCACGUGGCCCGAGCCAGAUCGAAGACCUCAUGCGUGCAACAUCGGCUUCCAUGCCCAGCGUCAAGAGGGAAGACAGCGACAGUCUCAGGCUGCCCCCCUCCCGGGGCGCAGAUCCAGCAGGGCCUGCCGGCACUCGGGAGGCACGCUCUUCCUCCUUGUCAAGGAGUAACAGCGUGACAGCGGGCGCGGACGACGUCAAGGCUAACCGUAAGGCCAAGAUUGACGCCGAGCUGAGAGAUGCCAUCUCCAAUCUGAGGAAGCCGAACCGCAGCGUCGUGGGCCAGGCAAUGGUCGAGGCGGACAAGCACAGGGUCCCUGCAAAAAAAGUUCGACGAGGUAACAAGCCGACGGCUAUGACCAACAACAACUCAGGCAUCCAGGUCAAGGCGACGCCAGCCAACCACCGCUUCAAGGACGUCAUGGGACCCAAGGUUGACCGGGAGAGGACCCCACCGGUCGCCUUUCUCCCCCGCACAGACGAGAUCAUCCCCCCGUCGAGCAUCGGACCGCUAGCGCCGUCGACGGUCCUCCGAAACGGGCACAUGGACGUCUUUGGCAGCUCACCCGCCGGCAUCGUGGGCCAGACGCCUGUCAAGAGGCCCACCGCGACGUUCCUGCGCAGACCGGUGGCCGAGGAGCCGGCCAUCCCACCAUCCUCACCCAUCAUGUCGCAGAGCACGGCGGCGCUGGAACCCAUGGACUCCCCCACCGUCCCUGGGAGCGUCGUCAGGCCCACGAUGAGGAGGUGCGGUCCUCUUGCGCCAGAAGAGGUCACCAGGUUGGCUGAUUAUGAAGAACCACAGACUCCUGUCAAGAAGAGGUUGCCGCUUGAAAGUGGACAGCAGCAGCAGCAGCAGCAGCAGCAGCAGCAGCCAACUAAAUGUGGAGGGGGAUCCAUCUUUGAGAGACUGGGCUGGGAUAAUGAUGAUGACUUGGAUGAUUUGCAAUGA